AAGGAGUUAAGAUAAUUUGUGAAACUAGAACAAGUCGAUGGCUCAGUAGUUGGUCUUCUGUUGGUCUGCAAUAUGGAGAUCAGAUAUUUAUUUGUAUUUUGUGCUGUGGUGGGAGCGGUACAAGCUGGGAAACAUGACCAGUACUCCGGACACCAAGUGUUCGGCAUAAAGUUCCGCAACGCAUCAGACUCGGAGCUGCUGCACCGGCUGGAGGGUCUACUGGAUCUGGACACCUGGCAGCAUGGGGUCCUGGAGCAGAGAGACGCCAUGGUGAUGGUGCCGCCCGCCAAGAGGGACGCCUUCCUGAAGGCGCUGGAUGAUGAGGGGGUCCAGCACUAUGUGCAGAUGGAUGAUGUCGCUGAAGCUCUGAAGAAGCAUGAUGACGAGAUCUCAGCGUGGAAGCGCGCCAGGAGAACCCGCAUGAUCUUCCAGGACUACUGGCGAUAUGAUCAGAUUGAUGCAUACCUGGAGAGGAUAGCCAGUCAGUACCCCGACCUGGUGACUCUGGUCAAUGCUGGCAAGAGUUACGAAGGACGAGACAUCAAAUAUUUAAAGAUAUCGACGACGAAGUUCAACGACCCGAGCAAGCCCAUCUACUUCAUGGACGCGAUGAUCCACGCGCGCGAGUGGGUGACGACGCCGGUGGCGCUGUACUCCAUCUACCGGCUGGUGGAGAACCUGCGCAGCCAGGACCAGGACCUGCUGCGAGACAUCGACUGGAUCAUCAUGCCGCUCGUCAACCCUGACGGAUAUGAGUUCACGCACACUGAUACCCGUCUCUGGCGUAAGACGAGAUCAGUGCUGCCUGUCCACGAGACCUGCCUCGGUGUCGACGCCAACAGGAACUUCGAUGUCCUGUUCGGCACUACUGGAGUCUCCGAUAACCCUUGUGCCUUAACCUAUCCUGGCACCCACGCGUUCUCCGAACCCGAGACUGGUUACGUCAGAGAUAUUCUUCACGAGCACUUGAACAGGAUCCAACUUUACAUGAACAUCCAUAGUCAUGGGAACUGGGUGCUGUUCGGGUAUGGUGACCACAGUCUGCCGCCGAAUGCUGCUCAGUUGCAUCACGUGGGUGCCGCCAUGGGAGCUGCCAUGGAUGCCAUGAAGCUGCCUCAGGCCGGCUACUACUUGGUGGGGAACAGUGCCAGUUUGCUGUACGGGACUUCUGGCAGUGCACAGGAUUAUGCUCAGGUGAUCGGCGUGCCGUUCUCGUACACGCUGGAGCUGCCGGGCUACGGGGUCGGGUUCCUGGUGCCGCCGCAGUUCAUCGACCACAUCAACGAGGAGACCUGGCAGGGCAUCGCCGUCACCGCGAGACUCGCUCGCUCAUACUAUAGGGCGAGGUAUAAUGCGAACAACUGAUGUGUAGUGCAGGUGCUGAUUAGUUGAAUUUUUGGUUUAAUAAAUGUUUUUAUUUUUGUACUUUUUAUAA